CUGUUUGGACUAUAGAGGGCUAGGGCUUUAUACAAAACGAGAAUUGCACGCACAACGAUUCUGUUGGAAAUAAGUGAACACUCUUUACUUGUUUUUCACUUGUGUAGACCUUCCAGAGACACGCACAAGCACAAGAAAUUGGUCUUUUCAAUAAUUAUCAUUCGGAGGAAUUCUGGGUGUUGUUACCCAAGGUCAAAGGUCAACGAUGCCUGAGUUGAUUCCCAAUGUGGUGACGAUCUCUGAGGCCGAUGAGCCGGCCGAGAAGACGGACGCGCCGGCCUCCAAGCCGAUGGUCGGGAUCAUCUACCCUCCACCCGAAGUUAGAAAUAUUGUGGAUAAAACUGCCAGUUUUGUUGCCAGGAAUGGGCCUGAGUUUGAGUCAAGGAUUCGUCAGAACGAGAUCUCCAACGCCAAGUUCAAUUUCUUGAAUCCUGGUGAUCCCUACCAUGCCUACUACAGACAUAAAGUCAAGGAGUUCCAAGAAGGGAAGGCUGUUGAGCCAUCCGGGGCUAUGCCUCUCAAGCUCCAGCUACAGUUGACCGCAAGCCAACCGAAGCCCACCCUCUUAGUGGAACCAAUCGUACCUAAAGAACCUCCUCCAGAAUUUGAAUUUGUGGCCGAUCCGCCCUCCAUCAACGCGUUUGACCUGGAUGUUGUAAAACUGACCGCUCAGUUUGUUGCCCGGAAUGGCGGUCAGUUCUUGACCAACCUUAUGAACAGAGAACAGAGGAAUUACAUCUUUGACUUUCUCAGACCUCAGCACAGCAUGUUUAAUUACUUCACUAAACUUGUUGAACAGUACAUCAAGGUGUUAAUACCGCCCAAAGACCUGUUGGAGAAGCUGACUGAAGAGGGCGCUACACGCAAGAUCGUCAUGGAGCAGGUUACGCACAGGGUAGAGUGGGAGAAACACCAAGAAAGGCUGAGGAAAAAAGAUGAAGAGGAGAGGGAGAAAGAAAGAGUUGCAUAUUCACAGAUUGAUUGGCAUGACUUUGUAGUGGUUGAGACGGUAGACUAUCAACCAGACGAAGAAGGACAGUUCCCUCCUCCACUCAAACCAAGUGAGAUCGGAUCAAGAAUUCUAGCCGAGGAGAGAUACGAACAAUUUGGGGAGGAGCUUGCUGAAGAUGAGGACGUUGAGAUGGAGGUCGAGGACGAUGACGAAGAAGGAGAUGAUGAUGAGGAAGAAGGCGACGAAGAAGAAGAGGACGAGGAGGGUGUGAAGGACAAAGAGAAGGAAGAAGGAAAGAAGGAGGAAGGAGGAGAAAGGGUCAAAACCACAGAUCUUAAUACAGAGGUUCAGGACAUGGAAGAAGGGUCCGACUCUGACAUGGAGGAGAGUGAUGAGGAGAAGGAGGAGUCUGCUCCUGCACCCCCUGCUCCGCCCAAGGAGGUCGCCCCCAUGCUGCCACCCCUUCCCCCACAGCUGGGAGAGGCAAUCAUCAAGAAAGAUUACAAUCCAAAAAUGGCGAAGCAAGCCCAACCGUUGGAUACCACCAAGUACCUCAUCUCACCUAUCACUGGAGAGAAGAUUGCUGCAGACAAGAUGCAAGAACACAUGCGAAUUGGUUUGCUGGAUCCAAGAUGGGUGGAGGAGAGGAGUCGUCAGAUGUCUUCGAAAGCCCAGGAGGAGGUCUACGCUGCCGGGUCAUCUAUCGAAGAGAGUCUGAAAAACCUCGCAGAGAGAAGAACAGAUAUUUUCGGAGAGGGAGAUAUUGAAACGCAGAUCGGAAAGAAGAUUGGUGAAGAAGAAGAGGAAGAUAAGAAUAAACAGAAGGUCAUCUGGGAUGGACACAGCGCCAGCAUGGAAUCUACUACCAGGAAGGCUCAAGCAGGAAUCACACUGGAAGAUCAGAUUAAUGCUUUCCAUAAAUCAAAAGGACUUCUACCCGACAAAGAAAAGGAGCGAAUCGGUCCCCAGAAAACCAAAGCAGCACCUCAUCCCCCAAAACCACCCCCGCAGCCCCCGAAGCCCAGCAACGCCGCACCGGUGGUCCCCGCGCAGCCCCGCCAGGGCCCCCCUCCACAGCCACCUCCGAUGCCCCCUCGCAUGCCUCUGGUGCAGCAGGUCCCGAUGGUGAGGGCGCCAGCUGCACCCUUGAUGCAGAUACCGUCAAGACCGAUCAUGAACCCCUUCCCGGGUCCGCCAAGGAUGCCCAUGCAGCCCCAGCCUAGAAUGCAGGGUGGUCCUAUGGGCAACCGACUUCCUAUGCCUCCCCCUGGCCCCCCUCAGAUGAUGAGAGGUGUUCUACCAGAACCUCCCCGGGGAGGACCACCCAGACAGGACAUGGGUAUGGAUGAACCACCGGCAAAGAGGCAGAAGACAGAGGACGAUCUCAUCCCAGAGGAACAGUUUCUUGCUACGCAUAAGGGUACUGUUAUGUUCAACGUGGUCUGUCCACUGGUCCAAGAUAAGCCAGAAUGGAAGCUGCACGGUCAGCGGAUCACCCUCAACAUGCCUCUUACUGACCAGGUGUCGGUCAUCAAGGCCAAGCUCUUUGAACAACUUGGUAUUCCUGCCGGUAAACAGAAGCUACAGCAUGAGGGCCUAUUCAUCAAGGAUUCAAACUCACUGGGAUUCUACAAUUUCAUGCAUGGCACAGUGGUUCAACUUCAGCUCAAAGAGCGUGGAGGAAGGAGACGUUGAGGAUACCAUACAAUGUACUUUUUAUCAUCAUGUGAUAUAUCUCUCAUGUACUAUCGGACUGUUUAAAGAUACCAUUCAUUCUUGUGAGGAGACUGUUAAGUUGACGUCGUCAGGGACAGUGAUUUUCUGUUUCUAUAAUGGUCUUUUCCAUCUCUGAAAACCUGUAAUUCAUGUCAAACUUGAUCUAAAAUGAAAAUCCUGUUUUGUCAUAAUGUACACAGCAGAAACAAAAAUUCAGUUAAGAAAAAUUGAGAACCAAAUGUCUGUUUGAAUGGAAAGUCAUUGUCCCUUCAUGUACAAUGUUGAUCAUUUUAUAUUCCCUUUGCACUGGAAACCUGCACUUUAGAAGUCAUGUCUUGGGGGACACCAUAAUUCCUAUUUUCUCAUUUCAUUGAUACAAUGUUUAAAAAUAUUAUACUUAGGUUGCAAUAAUUCAGCAAUGUUUUUGCAUACAUCCAUUUGAAGACAUUUUGAGGAUACUGUACUAUGUACUUUUCAGCAAAUUGGAUAAAGAGACCGAGUUAAGACACCUUGGCACAGUUUCUUUUUAUAAAGCUGCUUCCAAGGUACAAAUGUUCUAAUUGCCAUCUCGUCCACUCACCAUUUUGUCUAAUAAGUAAUUGGUCCAACAGCUGUUUAGUCCAUACGCCAUUUGGUCUUAUUGGACUAAGUGUUACUUGGGCGAAGUCAAUGUAAAUAAAAUGGAUAUUAGACCAACUAGUUAUGAGAGGAAACAGUCAUAGACGAAGUGAAGUGAUGAUUGGACCAAAUGGUUGUUAGACAAAAUAUUGAUGGACAGAAUGGCAUUAGACUAAAUGAAGGUAGACCAUGUGAUGCAUGGAUGAGUUGGCAAGAGACGAAUUGGCAAUUUACCCUUUAGAACAUGUCCUAGUUGUGUGUAAAGCUGUGCAUAGCUCAGGGGGGGUACUACAAGGGGCCGAAAGCUCAUGAGCCCAAGAAACUCAAAAAGAAGCCCUCGAAAAUCCCCAUUCAUUCGGCAUGUUUCUACCGAGAAUCAUUAAAAUGGCAUUUUCCGCACAAGUAUCCAGGAUUCCGGAAAACAUCCCUUUAGAAACAGACGCGAUGCGGUUUAUUGAUAAACAUCAUCGCGCAAAAUACGAUUUCUCUGGAAGUUGGUUAUUGCCGUGUUUAUCCGUUUGGAAUGUGAGUCAAUUGGAUUAUUCGCUUUGUAGGAACAGGUUAAGGGCAAUACAGUUUUGGAUUCCCGAAAUAUAGAUUCUCUGUAGAAACACACCGAUUGCAGGGUUAAAGCUUAUACAUUGUUUCAGAUAUAUGCAGCAAGUUGUGAAAAGUAGCCCUGGAAAAAUGAGCAUUUAUUCCAGCCAUCCGUUGUGCAUAACUCCAUGAGUAGGAGGGAAUUAUCUUCCUGGUAUCGCAUCGCAAUUUGCUCCACAUUUUUUAAUGACUGCUAUAUAAACAAUCUUUUGUGUUGCAGAUAUUUUACACAGGAUUGUGGAACGUAAUUGAGAUUAUCUCUCUAAUGACCAAAAUUGCGAAUGAAAAUUAUUCCCUGGAGCAGGUUUAAAUUAAACACCCACAUAUGGCCCCUAUAGUAAUCUCAGAUGAUGUGGGCAAAUAAGCUUAAUGCUGUUUGCAUUACCUUGCAUUGUUUAGCCUGGGAUUUAAGUCUGAGGAGGGUUGUAUGGUAACAGUUAUUGUUUUGGAAGUUUUAAUGUGGAUAUUUCCACUGGCAUGAUGUAGUCUUCUUUUAACCUUGAAGUCUUGGGCCUGGGUGGUGUUUUCAUAAAGCCAUUUGUAAAAAUAUGCACGACUGGAACCUCUUGGGCACUAAAUCAGUUACAUAGGGAUAUUACAUAGCACAAGAAAUGGUCACCAGUCGAGCGUAAAGUCAUUCGUAACUCACGAACAGCUUUAUGAAACGGGCCCCUGCACUCUAGUCCAGUUUAACUUAGGCCAUGGUCUAACUCUGCCAAAGGUAUGGAAAGCCAAAUGUGUCAAAAAUAAUAUUAACAUUGAAUGUCUUACAUUCAUUGUGCUCUUCCAUUAUGUUACUGUGUUGAAGAAACUAAUUCAGUCAUUAUUCUCCGACAGUUAUGAAAGAUAGGAGUAACAUAUGAGCCAAGUAUUCGAAUUUGUGCUGUUAGAGAUUUGUGUCACAACUGGCUUUCCAUAUUUAAACCACAAGCUUAGACUAAGUUAUUUUCCUGGGAAACCUUUGUAUAUUACAACUUUUGCUUUCGUUGUAUAAAGAAGAAAUUUAUCUUUUAAAUCCACUGAUCAAUAGGACAACCUCUAAAAAACUCCUCAAAGUGUAACUGAUCUUUUUUUUUCAGAAGUCCAAAUAGUUUCAGCUAAUUGAAGGUUGAUGUAAUUUCGAACAUUUUACUGAAAAUCUUAUUCGUUGAGUGUAUGUUGCUAUGUACAUUCUAGCUAUGUAAAUGUGUAUCUUGUUUUUGAAUCGUGUAUAAAAUAAAUGCCUUCUUUCUCAUGAAUAAAAUCUGGUAUUUUCUGGAAA